AUGAUUAUAUUAUACUGCUUAUUAUACCAGGAUUGUUGUUAUAGUAAUUUAUUUAAUUUAAGAUUUAGUUUUUGGUUAAGAUUCUCCUCAUGAAACAUAUCAAAAUUUGUCAAAAUAAUUAUUGAAAAAAGUAUUUAAAUAAAAAAGGAAAAAAAUUUAUUUACUGCUCAUUUAAUAAUAUCAUAUUUAGUAUUUUUUAUUUCUCUUAAUUAUAUUCCUCUCUUGUCAUUUCACAAAAUCAAUCUCCUUUAUAUGCAAAUACUUAAAUUAAAGUAGUAGUAAAGAAUACACAGAUGGUUAGAUAUUAGUUUUAAUUUUUUAGUUACAUCCAUUAUAAGAAGAAGAGUGUUAAUCAAGAGUGGUUUAGGAUAAAUAUUGAUUAGACCAUCCUAUAGAAUGUAUAGUUAAGAUUAAUUCCUACUAUGAUUUACAUUGAGUAUUUAAGAUUUUUGUCAUGAGAAAGUAGUGUCAAUUAAUAAUUAAAUAGUAAAUUCAUUUAUGCAAUAUUAUGUACGACACGAUUAGUAAUU